AUGUGGACAGUGAUCAUCUUGCUGUCGAUAUUCACUUUUGCAGAGUGCAAGUUCAUGCAAGUGAAUACCACAACACGAAUGUUCACAGAUGCAGCAGGACGUGAACGAAUAUUUCAUGGAGUGAACGUCGUAUACAAGGUGGCUCCAUACUAUCCUCCUCUAUCAAGCUUUCAUCCUCAGUUGUCAUUCGGAGACGAGGAUGUCGAAUUUCUCGUGCAGAAUGGUUAUUCGAUGGUGAGACUUUUUGUGUCUUGGAGAGGAGUUGAACCUGAGAAAGACAGUUAUAAUUCAUCGUAUCUGGAUGUCAUUGAGGGGAUUGUGAACAAGCUUGGGGAGAGUGGGAUUUAUAGUGUCCUCGAUUGCCACCAAGAUCUGAUGUCACCUAAAUUUUGUGGUGAAGGUUUUCCCGACUAUGCUACGCUGUAUGAAAACAGAUCCUCAAAGUCAUUGCCUUUUCCAGUUCCCAUUCCAUCUUUAACGCCAUACAAAAUCAACAACACCACUGGGUAUCCAUAUCGUGAUGACUGUGCCAAGCAUCCAUUUUACCUGUAUUACCUUAGUGAUGCAUGUUGUAAAGCUUGGCAGAGUUUGUAUGAUAAUGAUGAGGGCAUCCUUGAACGUUUUGGUCUUUUCUGGGAGCAGGUUGCUCAGAGGUUUAGCAGCAAUGAGUUUGUUCUUGCUUAUGAGUUACUCAAUGAGCCAUGGGCUGGAGAUAUUUACUCAUACCCACAAGAUUUUCUGCCAGACGUCAUUAAUAGAAAAUACUUACUUCCAUUGUACCAACGGCUGCAUCAAAGCAUCAGAAAGCACGAUGACAACCACAUCAUAUUCUUCGAACCUGUUUCAGACUUUGUGAGUGAGGUUGUAGGACCGAGCUGGUUUGGUGAAGGUCCAGGCGGCCAUGAAUAUGACAACAGACAGGCAUUUUCGUUUCACAUAUAUUGUGCGUUGAUGAAGAAAGGACAGCCAAGUAACAUUCCCAUAUGCAAGGAUAUCGAAAGUAACCUUUUCUCUGCUCGAAUGCUUGACAUGGAGGAAAUGGGAUUGGCAGGCUUUGUCACAGAAUGGGGUGCAUAUGACGACUUCACAACGGAAUCGGACAGCUUCAGAGAUGCUCAAGACAUCACAUCAUUUGCUGAUCGAUUCCUGUUGUCAUGGUCUUACUGGCAAUUCAAAGGAUAUGGAGACAUAACAACACAAUCGAAUUCAGAUGAAGGAUUUUGGAAUGCGCAAGGCAAACUCGAAGAGCUCAAAGUCCGAACUCUGUCCUAUCCAUAUGCGAUGUCAGUUGGAGGACACUACAAGAGCAUGCAGUUUGUGAGGGAGACGUCACGGUUUGAGUUGACAUACGUGGUUGCUGCAUCAGCGAGUGACAACACAACAAUUUUUCUGUCCGAAAAAUUUUACUAUCCAAAUGGAUUUAAUGCAACUGUGAUGCCAUCGACUUGGGCAACACUGCAACACCGACCACCAUAUCUAUUGGUCAAACACACUUCAGUUGCACAAGCAGGACAAGUCAUCAGUGUUGGUAUUGCGCCUGUCAGCUGAAGAGGAUUGAUAUCAAUUAUGUAUAAUGUGAUUGGCUGGAAGUUUAAAGUGCUUGGUGCUUUUUUAUGUACUCGUGUUUGCUGAUAUGAAAUGGUGGUUUGCAAAUGUGGUAUUGGUCACUAGUUGCUAUCAGCAAGCAGUUUGCCAACAAAUACACAGACAGACAGACAGACAGACAGACAGACAGACAGACAGACAGACAGAGGACAGACAGACAGAGAACAGACAGACAGACAAACAGACGCACAGACAGACAGACAGACAGACAAAUUGCAUGAGACAGACAAACGGAUGGACAGACAGACAGACAGACAGGUACACUUCAACUUGCCUGAAUGUAUGAACUGCAGAUGUAGCUAUUGUAUUAUGUCCGCCAUAACUGGUAAUAACUACGAAAAAAUAAAGAUUCUGAUUGGUUGUCAAAUAAUAGUUAUGUCUGGAUAGAUAACAUGAUGACACACACACACACACACACACACA